AUGAUUCUCGAGAAUGACAGGAAUGAGGUCGUCGACAAGACGAGGUUGGGGCAAAGAGAUGUCUUCGGUGAGGAAGACGACCAUGAGAUACAGUAUAAGACACUCAGCUGGCAGUUUGUGGCCUUCCUCAUGAUUGCUGAGAUUGUCAGUAAUGGAAUGCUGUCGUUGCCCAACGCAAUGGCUGCCGUAAGCAUCGUGCCCUCCCUCGUGUUGACAAUCUUCCUGGGGACUCUCGCUCUCUUCACCGCGAAACUUCUGAUUGACUUCAAACUAAACCAUCCUGAGGUUCACAACAUGGGAGAUGCCGGUUACAUCAUGUUUGGCCCAGUUGGACGAGAAAUACUAUCAUUGGGCACUAUCAUUUUCGCAAUUUUCGCUUGCGGAUCUGAGCUGCUAUCAGGUCAGUUGGCACUGUCCACACUCUCCCAUAGCGGUCUCUGCGCCGUCAUCCUACUGCUCAUAUUCUCCGCUGCCACAUUUCUGGGCUCAAUUGCCUCCUGGUUAGGUUUUGCCAGCACGCUCUGUAUCGUCCUGUGCGGUGUCCUUGGUAUCGUAGGUGCAGGAAUCAAUCCGACCGCUGGAAGGAUCAUUGCUGCCACUGUCUCCUCCAGUUUUUAUGACGCUUUCCUGGCGAUCACCGGACCUGUAUUCAUCAGGUUCUUCACACUGAUUUCGGAAAUGCGACGUCCACAAGACGCAAUGAAGGCUGCGUGGACACUACAAGUCUUUGCGACGAUCUACUACGCUGUGUUCAGCGCGGUCGUGUAUGUUUAUCUUGGCAACGCAGUGCAAUCGCCUGCCUUGCUCUCAUUGUCGCCUGUCUGGUCCAAGAUAAUCUUCGCGAUGGGUCUCGCCAACUUCCUCAUUUCUGGAGCACUCUAUGCACACACUGCAGCCAAGCUAGUUUUCGUCCGCGUUUUCCGCCGUUCGCGGCAUCUCUACUCUCAUACGCUCCCCGGCUGGUCCACGUGGAUCUUGCUCUGUUUCGCCACAACAGCGAUCGCCUUCAUUCUGGCAUCUGCGGUGCCGAUCUUCUCUGAUCUCGUCGGCAUCACCGCCUCGGUCUUCGCCUCCUGGUACACAUACGGCAUCGCCGGCUUCUUCUGGUUGUACGACACAUACUACCUCUGUGGCGGGAAGCAUGCGUUGAGGAGGCGGUGGAUUGGCACCAUCCUCGUUGUGUUGAUCAUUCUUGCGGGCGCGUUCAUUUGCGUCGCGGGCACCUAUGUGUCUGUGAAGCUGAUCGUCGAAGCCUAUGACAGCGGUACCGUCGGCAGGCCGUUCGCUUGUUCCUAA